GUAAUAAAAGUUAAAGGCAGUUUCUAACCAUUCUUCACAUGGUCCCUUGCUGAAAAACAGCCCCAAAGCAUGAUGAUUCCACCCCCGGUUUUUACAGUAUGUAUGGUGUUCUUUGGGUGCAACUCAGUGUUCUUUCUACUCCGAACACAACAAGUACAGUUCUUACCAAAAAGUUCUAUUUUGGUUUCAUCUGACCACAAGACACUCUCCCAAUCAUCUUCUUGACCAUCGGGCCUGCACAUGUACUGGCUUUAGCAGGGGGACACGGAGACCUUGGCGGCGUAGUGUGUUACUGAUGGUAGCCUUUGUUACUUUGGUCCCAGCUCUCUGCAGGUCGUUCACUACAUCAUCCCAUGUGGUUCUGGGAUUUUUGCUCACCGUUCUUGUGAUCAUUUUAACCCCACGGGGUCAAAUUGAAAAUUAAUGAGAUCUUACGUGGAGACCCAGAUGGAGGAAGGUUAUCAUGUCUACCAUUUCAAAACAAUUGCUCCCACAGUUGAUUUCUCAACACCAAGCUGCUUACCUAUUGCAGAUUUCGUCUUCCCAACCUGGUGCCAUCAACAAUUUUGUUUCUGGUGUCCUUAGACAGCUCUUUGGUCUUGGCCAUAGUGGAGUUUCGAAGUGUUACUCUUUGAGGUUGUGGACAGGUGUCUUUAAUAUAGAUAACCAGUUAAAACAGGUGCCAUUAAUACAGGUAACGAGUGGAGGACAAAGGAUCCUCUUACAGAAGAACUUACAGGUCUGUAAGAGUCAGAAAUCUUGAUUGUUUGUAGGUGACCAAAUACUUAUUUUCCAACAUAAUUGCCAAAAAAAUUAUUUGAAAAUCAAACAAGGUGAUUUUCUGAAUUUUUUUUCUUAUUUCGUCUCUUAUAGUUGAGGAAAAUUCCAGGCCUCGCUUAUCUUUUUAAGCGGGAGAACUUACACAAUUAGUGGCUGACUAAAUACUUUUUUUGCCCCACUGUAAAUAUCUUUGAUUUUCUCCUUUAGCAUUUUUUAUUGGUUGAAAUAAAACCAAUUUCAAAUUUUACAUUUUACAGCAAUCUCUCAUUCAGACAUUUUGACUAAGAUCCUCAAAGUCUUGUGACAUAUUAGACACAAUAACUAUCACAAGGACAAAACAUGUACUAAUCUCAAUACAAACCCAUAAAAUUUUCCAAAAGUAUUCAACAUUAAACUGAAAUAUGCAGCAUGAAAUCACAGAAUGUUUUCUCCACAUUUUCUUCGGGUCACUAUUUUUUUGGAUGAAUGGCCAAAGCCGGUGCGUUCACGUGAUUGCCGUCUGCGCAAAAACGUGUUGAAGGAUCUAAUUAACACAUCAGCUGAUGCCGGACUUUUUCAGCACCGCGGACAGCUCCACUCUGCGCAGCAGGCAGAUGGCAGCGGUUAUAAAUGUCCACGUUGAGUCGCUCAGUCCCUCACAUCGACAACAGAGGCUGCAGCAUGGAUAAGAGGUUCGAGAUUCCGCGCGUUUCCGCUCCGAGUGUGCACGCACGACAAAAACCAAGACCCUCAUGGGUAGAUCCAAGAGAUCCGAGCUCCGCCCUUCGAUCCGUGGAGAUGAUGCCGAGGUCUGCUCCGGCAUUUGGGAGGUUUGAUGAGAAAGAACACAUGCUGGGCUUGAACGACCGUCUGGCGAGGUUCAUUGAGAAGGUGCACCAGCUGGAGCGCCACAACCAGCUUCUGGAGAGGGAGAUCGGGGAGAUCAGAGGGAAAGCAAAUCCCGCAUCCUGCUUGGAGGAGCAGUAUGGACCGGAGCUGAAGAGGCUGAGGCAGAUGGUUCAGGACAUCACCCAGCAGAAGAACCAGAUUGAGAUCGAGUACCAGACUUUAGAGGAAGAGCUUUCCCGCAUGAGAGGACAACACGAGAAAGAGACGCAGAGCAGGAUAGACGCAGAGAGCAACAUCUCGGUCCUGAAGAAGGAGAUCAAUGACGCAUAUCAGGCUAAACUACAGCUGGACAAGCAAGCGCAAUCUCUGGCGGACGAGAUCCACCUCCUGAAAAAUGAGCACGAGGUCGAGGUGUCGGAGAUGUUGGAACAGAUCCAGCGGGACGCGCAGGGGAACGCGCAUGAGUUUGGCCACCCGGGCGUUACCGCGGCGCUGCGGGACAUCAGGGCACAGCUGGAAGGUCACGCCAUGCCCGACGUGCAGCAAAUGGGGGAAAACUUCCGUUCUCAGUUUGCAAAGUUAACGGAGGCCGCCGAGGCCAAAAGAGACGCUCUGAAAGCGACCCAGCAGGAGAUCCAAGAGUACAGGAGGCGCCUCCAGGCCAAAAGCGUGGAGUUGGACUGCGCCAAAGGAACCAGAGAGGCGCUGGAGAAGCAACUUCAUGAUGUUGAAGAUCGCCACAAAGAGGAACUAAUACACUAUCAAAAUACAAUCAAAGAGCUUGAAAAUGAGCUCAUAAGCUGCAAAUUUGACAUGUCCGGUUACCUGAGGGAGUACCAGGACCUCCUUAAUGUGAAAAUGGCUUUGGAUGUGGAGAUACUGUCCUACAGGAAACUUCUCUGUGCCGAGGAAGCCCGCCUGUCCUCUGUCUCGGACACCCCCAUCUCUUUCCCGCACAUCUACCACCAGUCCCCUGUUUACACCCUCCCCUGCUUCAGCCUACCAGGAGGCAGACGAGGAGAGCCCCAGUACAAAUUUGUGGAGGAGACCAUAACCGAAACCACCAGGGAGAUCGAGAUGACAGAAUUUGAGGAUGUGGGGUCAGAGGAAGCAGAGGUGGGAAAAGAUGAGCGGGGGUGUCUUAAAAGUGAGAAAGGGAGUGGUGAGGAAGAAAACGAUCAUAAAGACAGUGGAGAAAGAGAGAGAAACCAGGUGUCUGAUAGUCUACAGAAACAAAUAGUGCCAACUGAAGGUGAUGGAGGUCAAGUUGGGGAUGCAGAUUUACCCAGUGACAUGCUGAAUGAUGAAAAAAGCCCAAAAAUGAAGGAAGAGUCUAAUGGUACUGAAGUCACUGAAGCAAAGAUGAAAACUUCUUCAAAUGAGAUUUUCAGUGAGGAAAAUAACAAAAACCUAAAGGAAAAACUUGUAGAAGAGAUAAUGGUGACAGAUCAGACAGAUCUAUGUGUGAAAAUGAGUAAUUUGAAGUCAGACAUUCCUCUGGAGGCUGAAAUUCCAAGUAAAUCAGAUGAUGAAAAGGGACCUGCUGAGGAAAAAGGCUCAUUUUCAGUUCAAGAUAAAACAUCUGAUAAAACUCAACAGCCUGAUUGUGGGGAUAAAAUGAGACAAGAGAUUGUCAAGUCAGAUCACAAGACUACAGAUGAACCAAAAAUCUCUCCGGAGGCAGCAGGUUUGGCUCAACAAACCAGGGAAAGUCCAGAAGGAGCAUCCGAGUCUGAUCUAAAGAAAGAAGAUGAUUCAGAUCUUAAAGGAAUCAGCAAAACUGACACGGUCAAUGGUCACAAAGAAAACCAGCCAAAAAAUGUUCAGGAUUUGAGAGAUGAGAGGGAUUCAUCCCUUCAAUCUGUAAAGAAGGAGGUGAUUGAUGAGGAAGGUCAACAGCCACACGCUGGGGAUGAAACCAGUUCAACCCAGACCGAAAGAAAAGACGGCAGCGACCGCCCAAAGAAAAGCAACGGACCGCAGCAAAAUUCAGAAUGAAACUUAAGCAGAAAAAAAUAAAUGAGGCUUGAAGUAAAGCUGACAGUUGCAAGUCAAGAAAACUGAAGGUGCAAAAAUGUAGCACAAACUGUGUCUGACACAGAAAAAGAUAUAUAUUUUUUCCUUUUUGCAUAACUCAUGCUCAAGUUUGCCUUUGAACUUUAAUUGUAGACUUUCAUUUUCUGCCCCCCCCCCCCAGAUUUAUUUCAACCACAAAAGUAAAUGAAUUGAAUGAAAAUGUCCAUAUAGACAUUUUUUUCUGCUUUAUGCGCUCGCAAAUAAAUCCAGUAUUAAAACCUUUCCGUCAUUCUGAGUUCAUUAUUGAAGGGUACAUUUAUUUUUUUUAAUAAUCAUGCACAUUUCUAAACAUAACUUCUUUGCACGAGGAAAACCCUGAAAUUUUUUUAUCGCAUGGGAUAAUUUAUUGACCUAAACUAAUAUUGUACGAUAAUCUUAAAAUAGAUUUUUAUUGUUGUCACGGUCCGUGACAACAAUAAAAAAGAAUAAAUAAUACCCAAGUGCAUCAUUUGAACACUAAAACUGAAAAUUAAAAUUAGAUUGGUGCCUGAUAAAGUGCACGGUCAUAAAAACAGGAUAUGUAAUUAUUACACGUUUAAAAUGGUAAAACUCUUAACUUCUUGUACAGUUAUAAACAGAAGUAACGUGAUAGCCACCAAAAUUGUUUUCAAGGAAUAAAAAUUAGCAAAAUGUUAUCAGUAAAAAGACUUUAGCAAACAUUAAGUUUAGGAGCAUGAAUCUGUUUCCUUUAUAGAGAACUUCCUUUCAAUGGAAGUUCUGAUUCAAUUCUGUAACAAAGAGUUUUUAUUUUUGUGCAUCAUGACAAAUACAGCAAAGGACACAAGUCUCUUAAAUUCUUGUUUCAACCAUUAAAAAAAAGAAAGAAAUUCUAUGUGGUCAUUUGUCACACACCUGUGUGCAUAAUUUUGUUUUCCACAUUUGACCUCCCAAAUCCAACUCCUCGAUACCCGGGGAAUUGAUUCAGUGACAUCCCAGAUCUCAGGGAAUACACUCUUCCACCAGCUCAUUUGAUAAUGCAAAAAGCGCCCAAUGAGUUUUGUCAGGAACUUGAGUGUUUCCCACUUCUGGUCAAUUUUUGACAGAUAUAUUGAGGACUUUCUUUUGAGGGGGGCCAGAGUUUCUCCUUCUGUGACCUCAGGAAAAGAUGCUCAAGACUUUAUAAAAAUAAAAAAUAAAAAAGUUUUUAAUAAAAUGUUCAACAGGUUAUAUAAGGUUACGGUUAAGUAGAGCAACAUCUUCAGAUCAAAAAUUAAACAUGAACAACUGUAAUGUCAAUUCAUGACACCAAAGAAACUGAAAUUUCUAAAUCUCAAAAAAUGAAACUAUACAUUAAGGAAUCAUGAUGAAUAAAAAUAUUAAUGAUUUUAUACUAAUAUUAACUGACCAUUAGACAUUAACAAAAGGAUUUUAAACAGUUGUUUACAAAGAUACAUUUAAAUUUUUGGUACAAUUUUAUUAAAAAAUUAAGCAUUUCAAGAGUAAUUUCCCCAGCCUAUGCUGUGGCUAUCCAUGACACUUCUAUUAAAAUCAAUCUGAACCAACUGUAUUUUAUUUUAAAUAAGAAACAUCUAAUAAGAAUAAAUUAAAUUAAACCAAUUGAGGAGGGAGGGAUGAAUCCAAUUGAUUUUGAGGUGAUGUUAUUAAAUUGCAAUGGCUAAAAAACUUGAUAAACAUACAUUCAAUCUGGUUUUCCAUACCUUUAUACUCAUUCCAUACAGGUGGGAGCAUUGACUUCACGUUCUGUGACUUUGAUCCGAUGACACUUCAAAUCAAACUGAGUAUAGUUCGUUUACACCCACAAUGCCGGUUCUGAUACUUCAAUUUUUGUUCAACUACUUAUUUGUGGUACAUUUUUUCAUUCACAAAUAUAUUUUAAAAUGAAUUUCAUCUUUUGUAGUAAAUCCCUUAAAUAGUUAUAUAAAAAAAGAAUGCAGUGAAACUUUUAAAUUGCCCAUUUUGACCUGGAUUGGUACUUCAGGAUAGUCUUAGGUGGGUUCAUUAUUUACUUAUUGAUGCUUUUCAAUUUAAUUUAGGUCUUGGCCUACAGUUGAAAAAUUGUAGUUUUUUUCCCCACCUAAUGCUUAGAGUUGGAUUCAUUUCCUUCCUUCCCAUCAAAUGUUGAUAUGCCAUGCUUUGGAAUAUUGUGUAAUUGUCAAUAAUAAAGAAAUAAAGUAAAGCAGCAUUUUCCAUCCUUGGUCCUCAUGUAUUCCUGCAUGUUUUCCUUUUGGCUGCUUUCAGACAAAAAUAAUUCAAGACACUUUGCUAUGAAACAACCAAGCAUUUGUGGAGUUCAAAGACUUUAUUGAAAAGGUUUACAUACUUAUAAGGACCUCCAAGACCUCCAGUGGACCGUCUCCACCCAGAACAGGGAAGCAGCUUGAGAGUGUACGUAUGCAGCUUUAAGUUACACCCUCUAUAGAGAAGAGUUUGGCAUCAUCAUCAUCAUCAUCAUCAUCAUCAGAACUAUGCGAGUCCCCACCCCCAACUAUUUGCUGUCACCAAUUAAAAGAAAACAGUAAGCCUUGUUCAGUCAACUUCUCCCAAAGUUUCUAAAACCAAAAUCCCAACAGUCGACACUUCAGUGUUGUCAGUGCGACACAAACGGGGAGGAUACUUAAAUAGAAGCCAGAAGAAAACGUCUAGUGUGGUUCAGAAGCUUUAGAAUUGACUGCUGUCAGAUGAUAUUAGACAUUAUGGUGUAAAAAUCUGAGAAAGUUUGACAACUCUGGACAACAAAAGUCCACAAACUAAUGCCGUCACAUGUUGGAGAAGUUAAAAACAAC